AUGGCUCCUGGGAAAAGUACGAGCACAAAUGUGGAGGAAACAUUAAAAGGAGCAGACAUAAAAUUACUGCUGAUAGAUUUUGAUGGAACCUUAUUUGUAGAUAAGGACAUUAAAGUUCCUCAGGAAAAUAUUGAAGCAAUAAAAGAAGCGAUUGAAAGAGGUUACAUGGUUAGUAUAUGUACAGGACGAUCAAAAGUUGGCAUUUUAAGUGCAUUUGGUGAGGAAAAUUUAAAGAAAAUGAAUUUUUAUGGUAUGCCAGGUGUAUAUAUAAAUGGAACAAUAGUAUAUGACCAGAUAGGUUAUACAUUACUUGAUGAAACAAUAGAAACUGAUAUAUAUACAGAAUUAAUAACAUAUCUUGUUGAAAAUAAUUUAGUAAAUCAAACCAUUUUUCAUAGAGGGGAGUCAAAUUAUGUUACAGAAGAUAACAAAUAUGCUGAUUUUUUACAAAAAAUGUAUAGUGAAAAUAGAAGUAUAAUUAUAAGACAUAAUGAAAUGUUGAAGUAUAGGACUAUGAAUAAACUUAUGAUAGUAUUAGAUCCAUCUGAAUCAAAAAGUGUAAUAGAAAAUUUAAAAAAAAAAUUCGAAAAUAAAUUAACAAUUUUUACAACAUAUAAUGGGCAUGCAGAAGUUACGAAACUAGGCCAUGAUAAAUAUACAGGUAUUAAUUAUUUAUUAAGACAUUAUAACAUAUCAAAUGAUCAAGUGUUAGUAGUUGGGGAUGCAGAGAAUGAUAUAGCUAUGCUUUCGAAUUUUAAAUAUUCCUUCGCUGUAGCAAACGCUACUGAGUCUGCAAAAUCGUUAGCCAAGUGUGUGUUACCUUUAUCCCAUAGGGAGGGAGCUGUUGCUUAUUUGUUAAAGAAAGUGUUCGAGUUGAAGAAAUAG